CUGUCCCAUUCCCUCCGUCUUGCCUCCUUCACCAACUAACCAUCUCUCCGCAUAACAUCAAAUCUUCCCUCUUCCUCAUUGAUUUCGUUUCUCCAAUCCCAGAUUUUGAAUUUUCUCUUCAUAAUCCCAACAAUUUUUCGACUCCAACGCCCCGAUCUUCCUUUUCCUCAACCAUUCUCAUGAAUUUCCCCAUCAUUUCUGCUCUCGUUGCCUUCGCAAUCGCCCAGUCCAUCAAGUUCUUCACUACUUGGUAUAAGGAAAGGCGAUGGGAUUUUAAGAGACUGAUUGGAUCUGGUGGAAUGCCUUCAUCUCAUUCUUCAACUGUUUCUGCUCUUGCUGUAGCCAUUGGCCUUCAAGAAGGCUUUGGAGCUUCAGCUUUUGCUGUUGCAUUGAUCUUAGCCUGUGUUGUAAUGUACGAUGCAACUGGUGUAAGAUUACAAGCUGGACGCCAAGCAGAGGUUUUGAAUCAAAUUGUUUACGAGCUUCCUGCUGAACAUCCUUUGGCUGAGAGCAGACCACUGCGAGAACUUCUUGGUCACACCCCUCCCCAGGUUGUAGCUGGAGGCUUACUUGGUAUUAUCACCUCUUCUAUUGGCCAUUUGAUAAUCAUAAUAACUAAGUCUUGAACAUUAUGAUGAUGAAAUAGAUGAAGCCGUAACCAGUCGGUAGCUCAAAUCUUGUCAUUAAUGAAGGCUGGUUGGUGGAAACUUCAGUGUCAGAUUAUUCUUGUGAAUACGGUCUUCUGCACAUAAAGCUCUGAUCAGUAAGAUAUUUGAUAAUAAUUGUUUGAUUGAUUGCUGUAUUUAGUGCCAUUGGACCAACAAAAGCUGCAGCAACACUUGCAGUGAAUCAGAAAACAAACAUAUAGUUCUUAGCAUCUUUUUUGUUUUAGGUAGCUUCCAGUCAAUUUUGAUUCAUCUGGUUUUGGAUAAAAGGGCGAAGGCAAUACUUCUGAGGCUCAUCUGACUAAAUUAUUACUUCUUUAUUGAUAAAAACUCCUGAUUAUCUCA